AUGGAAGGAAAUAACAAAAAUGAAGAUAAUGAUUCUAACGAUAUAAACGAUUUGGAUAUUGAAACGAAUGAACAAGUAUCAGAUUUGAUAAAGGAUCAUAACUGCAGUAGUAACAACACUAAUAGCAUUAGUAGCCCAACCAAUGGCAAUACACAUAGCAGGAACGAUAAAGAGGAUGAGAAAAACGAAAUUCACUGGAUAGAAUAUAUGGAUGAAAACAUAGAAGAUAACAUAAGUGAUAACUCUAUUUCCAACCCCAUGGAUAAUGAAGUGAAACACUCAGUAUAUAUUAACGAAAGCACCGAUAUGUUACAAAAGGAAUCUGUUCUCUCUUCCCACAUAAAAGAAAAUAGAAUCAGUGAAACAAAAGAUUCAAUGGAAAAGAAUCUGAAUAAAGACAAGAGGAAAAAAAAAGAAAAAAAUGAUAAGUACGAAAAAUGCGAAAAAUGCGAAAUAUUUGAAAAAUGUCAAAUGCACAAAAUUAACAAAAAAGACAAAAUAAACGCAAGGGAAAAUCAUAUUAAAGACAACCCACAGGAUAGCAGUAACACGGAAAAAGAUCUACUCAUUCAUGAACACAAUAAUGAUGUAGAAGGUAACUAUAUAUGGACCAAAAAAAAAGGUAUAUGUAUUACCAACGAAUGUGAUAAUUACAGGAAAGUAUGUAAUGAGAAAAGACAGAGUGCAUUAAAUAUUAACUUGAACCAAGAAAUUUUAUAUAACAACAAUUCUGUUAGCACUAGUAGAAAUAACAAUGGUAUGAAUUAUGACAAUAAAAAUAAAGAGAUUAGUAUUACCACUAACAGAAGGGAAAACAAAAAGGAGGAAACAAAAUUAAAGAAAAGUGGCAAUCCAAAUAACAGUAAAAAUAAACAUGAAAGAAACAGUGAAGAUACAAUUCGAAGUAGUGAAACAAAUAUAGAUAAUUUGAAAAGUAAGAAGAAUAAGAAAAAUAUAAAAUUAAAUGAAAAUAGUAUGACUAAAGAUAAAGUAAAUAAAAUCAAUCAAAUCAAUCAAAUCAAUACUACUAGUAAUGAUUUAACACUAUGCAAAAAUAAUAAGUUACAGGAUGUUUGUGCAGAAUAUAAUAAUGAGAAAUUUGAAUACUCCUUGGAAAGUAAAAUGUCAAGUAGGGGGGAUAAAAAGGAAGAACAUGGAAGUAGUAACAUCAUUGAUGAAGGUAAUUCUAACAGUGCGAACGAUCAUAAUGCAAUGCCUCAUACGAAUGAUGCAAACGAUUAUAAUAUCAAGGGAACGUGCGAUCAAACAGAUUUCCCAUAUGACCAAACAGACGUCUCAUGUGACAGAAUAAGAUGCACAAGUGGAAAAACUUGUAAAAAGAAUGAAAAGAAAAAGGUAGAAAAAAAAAUGAACACUAUGGAUGCGCAUAGAAUGAAAGCGAAUAAUAGAGACGAUAUAUGCUACAGACUUCCUUUGGACGAGCACACAAAUGAGGAAAGGGAAAAUAGUUCACAUGAAGAUAAAGAAGUCUAUGAAAAGGUUAAUAUAGACAAAGGGGAGAAGAUUCCAAACUGUAAUGAGUCAAUGCAUAAGGACAAACUGAUUGAUGACCAAAAAGAGAAAAGCACUGAACAUACAUAUAAACAAGAGAAAGACGAGUAUCUCUCACUUGAAGAAAUAUUGUACGAAACAACAGAAAGGGCAAAAAUAUAUAAUAGAACAAAUUAUGGAUUAUUAGGAAUACUAAAAGUAAUAAAAAUGACAAAUCCAAAUUUAAAUAUUUUAGCAUUAGGAACAGAUUUAACAACAUUAGGAUUAGAUUUAAAUACCCGUGAUUUCCUUUUCUCCUCAUUUAAUUCACCUAUAUCAGAUAAUCCGACAAAUAAAGAUGAUUAUUUUAUAAAACCAAAUUCUUAUUUAAAUACACAUUUUCAAAUACGUUUAUCUUUAUUAUUAAAAUUAAAAACAGAGACCCUCUUUUAUAUUUUUUAUAAUAUACCGAGAGAUGUAUUACAAGCUUAUGCUGCUUCUGAACUAUAUAUAAGAAAAUGGCUCUACCAUAUAAUAUAUAAAAAAUGGUUUACUCCUAAAAAUUUAUCAAAUUAUUCAAGUAUAGAAAAAUGUGCUUCUUGGAUAUAUUUUGACCCUAUUUCAUGGUCAAAAAAAAAUUACGAGGAUUUUCUGAACACGCAAGAUAUUAUGAAUGUAGAGGAUGUUACUAAAUGUAUUGAGAAUAUAAUUAAGUUGCAGUCUUAUUAUAAUAUAAAUCAACCAGAAGGUGAUCAAAAUGUCAAUACAGGUCGAACCUGUAGUAAAGACAGCACAAAUAUGGCAAACCCAGCCAACUCUUCCCCCACACCCACACCCACAAACAUCCAAACACACACACAAACGCACACACAAACAUAUACAUAA